AUGAAUCAGAGCUUCAGUAAAAUUACUGACUCUGCAACUCGCCAAGGGCUACCAUUUCCGCUCAGUUCCCCAACUCAAUUACUCGAAGUGAAGAUGCUGAGACCGCUCUUCGCAAAAUCAACACUGAAACAUGCCACUAUCAGCUUCAUUCAGUUCAACCCACGCAGAGAGAUGCAUAGCAGGAACAAGAAAGCGAUGGAGUUGAUAGCAAAAGGGUGGAGUGCUUUGAAAGAAGUUGACAGAGUCAUUGAUUACUGCGAGCGCAAUGAUAAACGCCUCAUUCCUCUCCUUAGGGCAGCAAAGGAGAAUUUUGAGUUGGCGUUGGAGGCUGAUAAUUCCAAUACACAUGCUAGGUAUUGGUUAUCCAAAUUGCAUUUGAAGUACCAUGUUCCUGGAGCAUGUAAAGCGAUAGGAGCUGCUUUGUUAGUCGAAGCUGCGGAUAUGGGUGAUCCAGAUGCACAAUAUGAAUUGGGUUGUCGUCUAAGAAUUGAGAAUGACUAUGUCCAAUCAGAUCAACAAGCUUUCUAUUAUUUGGAGAAAGCUGUUGACCAGUUGCAUCCAGGUGCUCUUUACCUUCUAGGUGCUGUAUACCUGACAGGGGACUGUGUGAAGAAAGACAUUGCUUCAGCAUUAUGGUGUUUUCACAGGGCAUCAGAGAAAGGACAUGCUGGAGCAGCCAUAGCAUAUGGAUCUCUGCUACUUAGAGGUGUUCAAGUCCCAGAAUGCCUAACAAAACUUAGUUCAAAGAGGGGUUCUGCUGCCAAAAGAGCAAGGAAGAAUGUAGAAAGCCUUUCAUUGGACCCAGUUGAAAUGGCAAAAGAGCAGUUUCAAGUAGCAGCACAAGCCGGAUGUGACCUUGGACUAAAAUGGUUGCAAAGACUUGAGGAGGAAGAGAAGCGUCUAUUGAGUGAAAGUAGCUCCACAGACAAUGUUUCCCAAGCUAAACCGGCAUUUUUAUAACAUGAUCAGAUGAUCUUGACCAACUAACAGAGAGAUGAGUGGUUUCCAUCGAAGUCUACAUGUAUAUUUAAGGGGAAGCAAUACAUAUGGUGUAAUUUUCAUGUAUACACGAUUGUUCAAUUAUAUAUGUUUUAUGCUUGGCUUGUCGCGAUUGAUGCAAUUGUGGAAGACCUGGGUUCCCAGCAAAGGUUGUUGAGAACUCCCUAUGAAAGGUUUGAUGAUAUAAUCUCUACUUCAAAUGCUCAGAAAUGGGUACGUGGGCAUAUGUUUUA